AUGAAUCCAUUCCACGAAGGUGUACGAGGGUUUAGUAACCAGGAGACUGGUAGUGUAAACCAACCGCCAAGUCUCCAAGCAUACAAUCGUGAUGAUCAAACAUUUCUAGACCGACUGGGUCCUAUUGGCAAGAGAGUUUUAGGUCUUGUCUUGUCGGUAGUGUCUGGAGUAUUUUAUGGACUGAUGUUUGUACCUGCUAUUUAUAUAAAAGACACAAGACCCUGUGCCAGCCAAAACUCUUUGGAUUACAUAUUUGCUCAUUUCUGUGGUAUCUACCUCGCCAGCACGUUUUAUUUCCUGCUGUACUGUGCUGUGAACAAGAACCAGCCCAAGAUUUAUCCAAAGGUCGUAUUGCCGGGCAUGGGGUCUGGGGUCAUGUUGGCUGUUGCCACGACGUUAUGGUUCAUUACCAACAGCAUCCUGUCGGAACCUGUGGCGUUCCCCAUCAUCACCACAGUACCCGGGGCCAUCGCCUCGCUCUUCUGGGGAGUCCUGGUUUUCAAAGAGAUUCAAGUAAGUGGCUUGUGUGUGUUUUGGUAUAAUUACAUCGUUUCUCUCUUCUGGGGAGUAUUGGUUUUCAAAGAGAUUCGGUAA